AGAGCUUGUUCGCGGCUGUAACCAGUUUAUUCGUACUGAUGGUGCACCGGGACCAUCGGCUCAGUCUCCUCUCUGCGCUGCUUGUGGAUCGGGUAGAAACUGUGCGUAAAGGCGCAGAAAUCUGGAUUUCCAGGACAGGAGUCCUAAACUUCUUCACCUGCAAGUUCGCUGGGUUUUCACCUCAGCUGUUUCCCGCUCAGGAUGACCCACAGGUGAGAUCUGAGCCGCUCCUCAGGUGGGAUCGACAUCGACCCUGCGCUGGAUCAGAGGAGACCAUGUCCUUUACGCACCGGCACGGUCUGCCUCUGCUCGGCUUCGUCCUCCUCAUGCACACGGUUCAUGGGAGGUUUUCCCACUGCCGCCUCUACUGGGAGAUGCAGCGAGCCCGAGCAGAGUGUGAAACACAACUACAGAGACAACAGAUGCUGAAUAACACAGGCAACCUGAGCAGGAAGUGCACAGAGGAAGGCUGGUCCUCCAUCUACCCYGACAUCAGAACGGCCUGCUACUCCGACAUCACAGACGAACCCUCAGAGCUGGUCUUCUACAAAGUGGUGCACAUUUUAUCCACUCUGGGCCACAGUCUGUCGCUCAUCACCCUGCUCAGCAGCACCGUGGUCAUCUGCUCCUUCAGGUUGGCUGUAAAGCCAGUUUGGUGUUCUUCAACUACUUCAUCAUGGCCAACUUCUUCUGGCUGCUGGUGGAGGGUCUCUACCUGCACACGCUGCUGAUCGUCAUCCACGCAUACUCCACCCGCCUCUCCAUCUAUAUGUUCAUCGGCUGGGGAAUCCCUUUUGUUUUCAUGGUGGCGUGGAUCAUAAGUCGGGUAAAUCUGGAGGACACCAGCUGCUGGGAGAUUAACGAUAACCCUGUUCCUGACAGACUCAUCAACUGGCCCAUCAUGGCGUCUAUCAUUAUAAAUUUCAUCCUGUUCAUCUGCAUCAUUCGUAUCCUGGUGCAGAAACUGCGCAGCGCGGAUGUCGGAGGAAACGACCAAUCACAAUACAGGCGGCUGGCCAAGUCCACCCUCCUUCUCAUCCCUCUGUUUGGGGUGAACUACGUGGUGUUUUUCUACCUGAUGGAGCCGGCCAAUAAAACCCUGAAGCAAGUCAAGAUCUUCUUCGACCUCGGCCUCGGAUCCUUCCAGGGUCUAAUUGUGGCYGUUCUCUACGGUUUUCUCAACAGUGAGGUUCAGAGUGAGCUGAGGAGGACUUGGAGGAGUUUAACUCUGAAGCGUUGCGUGGAACAGGACUGCAGACUCCACGCCGUGUCGGUGAACCAAAACGGCGCCAAAAACUCAACGCCGUUUCACAGAAACGUCCGAGCCCAGUCCAUCCUGCAGACCGAAACCAGCAUGCUCUAACCAAAGAACAAAAGAAAUAAGACGUUUUUCCACUGGAGAGGAAGACGGUGACAGGGACCUGAAAUGUGACCAAAGUGCCUCUAACGUCUAUCAAUGAGAAAAAGAUGAGAGAAACUGUUGGUUAUUGUCGGAAAUUCUUCUAUUCUUAGUGUAAUAAUCUCAGUGAAUGGUCAAGUGUCAUACUUUUAUAUGAAAACACCAGAUGAGAUCUUUUAACUCAUCAAAUAUUAAAACCAUCCAACCAUUAUCUUCAGUUUGUUCUGGAGUCAGGAGCAGCUUGAGCAACGAGGCCCAGACCCCCUCUUUCCACAGCCGCCUCCUCCAGCUCUUCUGGGAGGAUACCAAGGAGUCUCCAGACCAGCCGAGACACAAAGUCUCUCCAGSGUGUCCUGAGUUUUCCCCAGGGACUUCUCCCUGUUGGACCUGCCUGAAACACCUCACUAUGGAGGGGUCCAGGUGGUUCCUCUUGAUGCAGAGAGCAAAGGUGUGUCUCCUGGAGAAUUAAACUUUUACCCUAUCCCUGAGGGAGAGUCCAGCUGUUCUUCAGAGAAAACUUCUUUAGACUUCUUGUAUCUGCAGUUUUAUUGUUUCAUGGUUCAUGUUUCAAUUCUUUAUUAAUUUCAUUAAAACAAAACAAAUAAUUU